CCGUGAACAACGCAAAGAUGGGUCGAGAAUCGUGGCACUCUUCAGACUCUGAUGACUUCUCAUUAAAAUCCACAUCAUCCGCCGAGUCGGUACUCCCAGAAUCAAAACGACGUUCUCUGAGGCAGAGAAUAAAAAAGUCUCUACGGAACAUUGGACAUCCACCCACUUACACCUACGACCUGGAACAUGGCACCGAUACUCGGAAUCCCGCUCUUAUCGGGCCCAUGGGCUCCAACGCCCUCAACCAGUCAUUGCGGUUAUAGUGGUCCGAGGUCGAGGCGCGGAAAACAGCACAACAGUUGAACGAGAGCAAGAACUAAGGAAUUAAGUUUGAUACAGAGGG